GAUUUACAAAGCAUCAUAAAGAAACCGAAAUAAAUUAACCUAACUGCGGUUGGUGAGUUCUGCAAAGGCAGCUUACCCAGUUACAUCUGUUGUGCAAACCUGGUCAUAUAGUUGCUGCCUUAGGCAAUACAGCAAACUAAACAGGGAUCAGUUCUAAGGCUAAACCAAGACUAGGCAGAUUGCUCUAAACUCAGCUUAUCUGAUAAUGCAAGAAAUGAAUGAAAGGGGAGAAGGUAGCCACGAAAACGAAAUUAUACACAUGUAAGAUAAAUAUUUUCAUGAGGAUUAAAUGUGACUCCAGCUCUGUGGACAUAAAAUUAAUAAGAUACCUCAAAAUAGAGAUCAAGGUUGUUAUAACUUUGGACAUACAUGAUCAGCUGAAUAUCUUGAAAAACGUACCCACUAGUUUUACUAGUUUUACUUUUCCUGAGGGCAGAAUUUGAAUUUGAAUCCUGAGGACUGAGUGUGUGGAACUUUUAGAGAACUGCUCUCAUAAGCGUAUGUACAAACCUCUCUUGGUUUGUUCAUAUGCAACUGCCUUCAUCUCAAGUGAUAAAAAACCCCACAAAGGAUGGAAGUGUUCAGUCAUCUGAGGUGAGCAUGAAAAAUUGGUUGAACUUAUUCUUUCCUAAUUCAGAGAUGCGAAACUCAUGCACAGCUACACAAUUUGAUUUACUCAUGAAGCAGAGGUGGAAAAAGAAUGAACUAACUGCUUAUGCUGAAACCUUGAAGAGUGACACAUCAAAUAUGAAAUUCUUUUCACUUUUCUUGGCUCAGCUUGUAAUUCCCUGUUGUUUGGCCAGAAGUGUUGCUGACAGCUAUGUAGGACGAUGUAAAUCUCCAGGUGAACUUCCAGCCCCGCAGUUUUUCCUGAAUGGAAGUUCAGUGCAAGAGGGAGAGUGGGUCCUCUUGCAAUGCUUGCAUAGCAAUGAAUUUGAGGUGAAAAACUUUUAUUUCUGUAAAGAUGGGCAUCCCCUUUCAACUCCCACUGCCUUGUUAUAUGAUGGUACUUACAAGGUGUCACUCCAGAUCUCGCCGGAAAGUGCAGGCCAGUAUAGCUGUGGGUAUCAAAGUAUGGACAGGAAGAGCCAGAUGAAGAAGUCUGCCCACAGCGCUGCUCGGAAUCUGACUGUCAUAUCAGAGAACGAACUCUCAGUGUUUACCAAAGAACUGCAGAGGACGAACAGUCAGUAUUUGACAAAGAUGGAUCUUUCAAGUGAUGUUCAUGGAGCCAGCAUCCCAGAAUUUAGAAGGUAUAUAUCUGCCCAUAGCUCUACUGAACAAAGAAUCUAACUUUAAUGACAUACUUGCUUCAGAGACAUAUGUCAAGGAAGACACCUCAGCAUGAAUGGGAAUUGAUAAUGGAGGAGUUGGGAGUCCUGAAAAGAUCUGAAGACUCUUUCAUCUGACCCACUUCCACUUUGACGUGAAAUGCUAUUCAGGCUUUAUAGCUGUGGAGCUCUCAACAAGCACUGGGUCUGCAUAACUCUUGUAUUUUGGCUGAUAUUGUUGCAACUAUCAAGCUCCCAACUCACAUGGAAGCCAAACACAAGUGUCAGUGGACAUAUCACUGCAGCAAAUUCUGUAAUAAAUAGAAUUGUAAGUUCUUGUCUAUUGUUCUGAGUGAAAUGAUCUUAAAAAGCCAAAUCGAGUUUCAUUUGGAAAUCCUAUUAAGAUCGUAUGAACUUUGAAUCCAGACUAAGAAGCCACAUUUCAGUCCAGUAAUGGGCAACCUAAGGAGUCUACCUGCAUUCUCCCAAUCCCCUUUUUAUAGUCCCAGACCCUUUUCAGAUUAUCAUUGCUGAAAGGGGUAAGACAUGCAAGACAACUGUUCUGUAAUUUCUAAGAUAAAUAAGGCCUUUCCCUGUUUGCCUAACUGUAGCACAAAGGAGGCCUGGAACAUUUUUUGUGACUUGUCAUCAUGAUGUUGCCUUGACCUUGUCACUCACUCUGUGAGUGAGAUAGCUUUAGUUAUACAGGUAGUAUUCCUCCCUCCUUCCUACCACUUAUAGGCUUCUCCAAUGGGACACUGAGCAGCUUAUCUUCUUUUACAAUAAAAGGGUUAACAUAAUAAAAAGGUAUAAUAGCUGUAAUAUAAUAAAACUAUCAAUUUGACCCUUAGACAUUUUUCCUCUCAAACUAUGUUUCGGGAAAGUCUUUGCAGGUAUAAAUUGACAAUGGGAUACCUGAAGAAGCUCCCUAGUAUUUUACUCUGGCGCUCUUUUAGUUGGAUUCUAGCAUAAGUAUGGGGAACUAUAAUUUUUAGAUGUUGCUGAAAGACAGUCCUCUGUAUCCUAAAACAUGGGACAUGGUGACUUAGAUUUCUCAGGAUUGUACUUCAGAACUUUCAGAAUCUGCUGCUUCCUUCUUCAUGCUUCUUUUCCCUGCAGAUGAAUCUUUAGUAAAAAUAUUUCCCCUUCUCAAUUUAUUUUACUCAACAAAUAUAAGGAAUAACAUUUGGCUCGCUUAGAUAUUCCUAUAGGCCAAUUAUGAUAAAUGGUGCUUUCAGAUAUGGAGUAUCAUUUUUGUCAAACGUCACUCUCUAGAACAAUAUAGGAAGCUCUUAUAACAUGUUACAAUAUUUUAUUUUGUGCUAAUAACCAUAACACGUUAUUAGCACAAAAUCAUAAAAACUUUAGUUAAUUUAAAAUGCAAAGUCAGUCCUCAUGGUUUGGUUUAACACUUCUUAAAUAUUUAAUAAUGCAGCUUUUUUUUUCAUUGUGGGUUAUCCAAACGCUUUUCUGAUAUUGAGGACUUUUCGCUGAAUAUGGUUAAAAAUGACCUGGCUGAUUCUUGCUUUUGUUAAUUAAAAAGGAUUGAAUACGGGGAGCGGGGAAGCAUGUAUGAAAUUUUAAAGGGGGAGGAUAGAAAAUAAACUUGCUUAUAACUGCUGUAAAGAAGAUUGGAAGUCACUUCUUUUUUUCUAAUGUUCUUUUCUUUUUUCUUUUCUGCACUUUUUCUUUCAUCUCUUUUCUUUUUUCUUAACUUUCUUUCUUUCUUUUUUUUAGUAGCACAACAUUUUAUUUGGUCCAACAGAUGUAUUAAGAUGCUGCAUAUUAUAUUCAUGUUGAAGAACUUUUGUUCACAUGUAGGUGCUCAAACAAAGACAACAAAACUCUGUUAAAACAACUAGAAAUCUCUCUUGCUCUAAGCAAGGCUGCAGAAUAACAAAAAGUUAGAAACAUGAGAAGCUGCCUUUACUGAGCUGGCCCAUCUAUCCUAGGGUUGGUUCUGCAGGGUUUCAGAAACUGUUCUUCCUGCCUUUCCUGAAGAUCUGGGAUCUUCUGCCCAUGAAGAUUCUGCCACUGAGUUACAAACCCUAGACCGAAAUUGUCCCAAGUCUCCUGAUUUAUAUUUUUUCAUGUUUCUUUAAUUCAUGUAAAACAACUCUAGUUUGGUUUCUGUCUAUUCUACGGUCUGCAGAAGUGAAUAUCACAGGAAAUGACCAGAGUUCAAUAAACCUGUGCUUCUCCUUACUGUCUCACAAAUAAUAUGAAGAGAGAACAUUUUCGUCACUAUUUAAAACAGAAAUGAAAAAGUACAGGCCACACGUUGUGAAGGGAGGAACUGGAAAACAAACUAUUUAAGGUUUUAACUGGAUAUUCUACCCUACAUGAGGCUUCAAAGGAGAUUCUUCCAUUGCUUCUUUCCUAGGACGUUGAUACUAAGCUUCUCUGUCCUUUCCCUGUUUCAGGUUUCAAAUACACACACACAGGGGGUUGCUAGGUGAUAAGCAAUUUACUCAAGGCUAAGCAGACAAGCAAAGUAACAUAAAUUAGAGUCUCUGAUGAUAAGGCUUGCCUGAGUAGUUUCACUUUCUACAGAACAUGCAGAUAAGUAGUCAAUAUUUAGUUCAGAGUUUAAAGAGCCAAGACAGGUUUGUCAGCCAGUCCAAGGGUCAGAGUUUCAGUUUUUUUACACAAGCAGAAGACACAGGAAUGAUAUGCCAGAACAACAAAUCAGAUGGUUGUUUCCAACAGAGAAACAUGGAUCAGAAAACCUUAAACAGAAAACCUACAACCAACUUUCUUUAAUAAGGGCAGCCAUGCCUUUGCUUGGCAGAGGGCUCCAUUAAGAGUUUUUGCUCUUGUCUCUGCUCUAUUUGCUGACUCCAAGGACUUCAUCAUUUGACUGUUCCAGUAGUUCUGAAGGUGAAACCUUAUGAAAAAGGGCUCUUAGUUUCCAUCAUAUUUACUUCUUUCCAUUUGAAAACCAAAGGGAUAACACAGACACGGACAUUGAGACAUCUUAACACAUUUCUCUCAUUUGGACAUCCUGUCUCCAUAAGGGUCGAGGCCAUUAAAGGGGGGAGGGGUUGCCCUGAACUCUGACAAG